CUCUCCAUGCUUCCUCUUCACUCUCAGCUCCUCAUUGCAGAGAGGAUAAACGGACGACUGAAGAGGAGAAAAAGGGGGGGACACAACUGAAGGAGAUCCCUGUGACAACGUUUUGUUUUUUUUUUUUCAUUUUCCUUCCCCUCUCUCUCUUGCUCUCUCUCUCUCUCUCUCUCUCUCUCCCUCUCUCUCUCUCUUUAAUCUCUGUCUCUCUGAGCUCUGCUUCACUUUCUCCUCCUCUCCUCUCAAUGUGCAUUGGGUCUCCCUGGUUUCUUUCCCCUUCUCCUUAAGUGUCUCCUCUCUGCUUGGACAGUGGCUGCAUCGAUGCAAAAUGGGUUGUGGCAAUUCCUCAGCCACCAGCACCUCAGGAGGGGGGCCAGCAGAAGCCUCCAAAGACGUGACAGACGAUCCCUCGGCAGAAGAUGAGAAGAGACGGAACUAUGGGGGUGUAUAUGUAGGUCUACCGGCAGACCUAACCACUGUGGCUGCCAGUCAGUCUAAGUCCACACGUAAAGACUAGCAGCUGUUGAAGGGAAGAUAACACAGGAUUCUGAAUAUUCAUUCACUUAUAGACAGUCACAUCAUAAGCAGAGAGCAUGUGCUCCAAACCUGGCUCACCACACUCUGAAUAAAGUCUCAGGCUUUAACAUUCCCACCAAGUGAAGAUGUGGACAGCUUGCUGGAGCUCUGAGGACGCUGUGUCAUGGGGUCACAGGAGACACGGUGACACAGGGAUGCACAGUAGAGGCCUGCAUAUGACAUCCAUCAUCACCCUUUGCAAAAAAAAGAUGGGCAUCGAAGCGGACAAGCACCCACCUUGGGACUAGCAACUGUGGGUGGAGGCAAAGGGCAUUGUGACAGCCAUCCUGUCUUUUGGAAUGUUCUCUUUCUCAGGAGGAGACAGGACACCCUGCCCACUAACUGUCUGGGACUCACACAGAUUCCCAAUUGCCCUCUGCAAUAAUAAUCACUGCUGAGUUAUUUCUUUAGGACGCCAUCAAUGAUUCAUUGUGUGGUGGAGACAGAGGCCUAGAGAGAGGUUCACCACUAUUCUACAGGAAACAGCAAACACAUUCCAGUUAAUGCAUCACAGAUCAGUUCAGUGUCAUUAAAAAUAGCAUUGAUUUCAAUCAGGGACCUGCUCCUGUAACAACAGUCUGAAAAUGACACCAAAUCUGAUGAUGGAUCUAAUGCACUGAUGAUUUUUAAGUCAAAGGUGUUUUAAUACACAUCCCAAAUGUCAUCAGUGCGUCAUCCAGGUCAUACCUGGUGCUGUCAUUUAAUGUCUGCCCUAGACUGAUUAUGUAACAUAUGACUCAUGAUACUUAGAGGAUCUCUCUCUCUCUCUCUCUCUCUCUCUCUCUCUCUCUCUCUCUCUCUCUCUCUCUCUCUCUCUGUCUGUCUUACUUUCUUACUUGUGCUCUUUCUGCAGCAUGUUGUUUUUCCCCUGAAGAGCUCUAAUUCUAGUGCUUCUGGGUAACUCACAUAGCUCUUAUAAUCAUUCUCAAGGCUUUCAGGAGUUGAGAUGUCAUGCAGUUUAUCCUACAACAUAAAUGCGAUAACUUCAAGGCGUGUCAUUAAAUUAUCCCUGAUUGCAGAUCUCAAAGGACAAAAAACAGUGGUGAAUGAAUCAUCGUAUCCCCAGUCCUCUGUUUUCCUUUUUGUUUAUUUUCAUUGCUUUGUAACACUACAGUGUUUUUAUUUGUCUCUUUUAUACAGUAGUUUUUACUGUAAAUGUGAAUGUUUUAUAGCUGGCUGGUGUUAUUCUAUGUUUUUUAUUGUAUACAAACACCAUGAAGAGUUGCCUGAUAUUACUGCACUCAGCCUUGAGCUAAUUUGUUCCUACAUAAAUAUUUCAAAAUAGGUCAAAUAUCACUUUUAAGGAACUAACUGUAUGCAGUUUUUAUCAAACGUUACUGCAAUAGGCAGAUAUAUUGUGUUUGCUACAGACUACUUUUAGUUUCACAUAAAUUCAUGUAUUGCAGCAGAUUGAUUGAGGUUUGAUCCACUCAAAAUGAACAAUAGUGUCAAUGUUCAACAUAACGUAGAAUGAUGCCAUCCAGCAACUGUGCAGCUCACUGAUGUGUUGUUAAAUAUGUUUUUAACAUUCUUCACUUGUGACAAAAAAUUUCCAACAUGACAGUUUACCCUGAAAAAACAUAUUACAGCUGGAUUAUUAUUAGGGGCCAAGGUCAUUUGAUGGUCCGCUCCUUCACUGAAUGUACGUCCUCCUCUCAUCAAGACCAGGAGGGUGGAAUUAAGCCAACUUAUACUUGAGAUUCAAGAGAUGUUCUUUCCGUGUAACACAAAAUCAGGGGCGUCCAAACUUUUUUCAACCAGGGCAAAUUUAAUUAUGUGAAAAUGUCUGAGGGCCAACCAUCCUGCCUGACAUUCUUUGAGCCAUUAAACUUAAAUGCAAAUGAACUGUUUUAUAAAACCUUUAUUCCAAAUGACACAGUUUUCAUUUAGUCACAUGGAAAUGCAAAUGCCAAUAAAUGUAAAUUACCCUAA